AUGUCUGCUAACGAUUAUUAUGGUGGUGCCGCCGGCGAGAAGGCCCAGUACUCCCGUCCCUCCAACCCCCCUCCCUCCUCCACUCACCAGGGCAACACCCAAGAGCGUGGGUACCCACCGCAGCAACAGCAGCAGUACUACCAGCAGCAACCGCAACAGCAACAGCAGCCCGGAUACUACAAUCAACAAGGGUACAACCAGCAGGGGUACAAUCAACAAGGAUACAAUCAGCAAGGAUACAAUCAGCAAGGGCACCAGCAGCCUGUCUACGUCCAGCAACAGCCUCCUAAAAAGGGCAAUGAAGGUUGCAUGACUGCAUGCCUGGCUGCAUUAUGUAUAUGUUGUACCAUGGAUAUGCUGUUCUAA